AUGGGCUCAGCUUCAUCCGUUGCAGAACAUUGCUUAAUUGUUUUGACUCACUUUGGGGAAACCAUUAAGGUUCAGCCAGGAAAUUCCAACAAGUGCAUUGUAUCAUACACACAGCUACCAUCCUCUCAUCCAACAGAUUAUUUAUUCAAUGAUGUAUUCUAUGAAACAAGAUUCGAGGCUUUACGAAAGGAUUAUCAUUCACCUGAAUUGCUCAAUUCCAUGCAAAGCAUGUACAACAUGUCCACUUCAGACUCUAAUGAAGCAACCACCACCACUCCACAACAAAUUCCACCCACAACACCAUCAUUCAUUGGUGGUGGUGCAACUAGUGGUGGCGGAGGAAGUGGUAUCGGAUCCUCUCCCUCCUUCAAUAGUGGCUCUGGUGGAACCUCGUUCAGUGGCUCACAUGCGGGAACUGGUGGUUUCUCAUCCUCUACAGCCUCUCCCUUACUCGGAGAUGUACAAUUUGACCCAUCACUACUCGAUGAUCGGGAUGAUCGAACCAUAUCAUUUGAUGCACUCAAGACCAAUUACUCCGAGUUUAGAAACUCGAAAAUACUUCAGCAUGUAUUCUCUUCGGUGGAUCGAGCGGAUGAGCAUCAAAUGCACAUCAAUGAAUUCAUGAACAGCUAUCCAAGUUUUCAAACGAAUGAGCAGAGAGCAGAAUUCUUUCUCAAGCUGUUAUUAAGGAAGACACGGAAAAUCACGAGUUUUAACGAAAGCGGUUGCAACACGAAUACAAAGAAAAAAAACCCUUUGGAAUUUUCCAUCCAAGAUUUGGCUGAUAUUUUAGCUUUGGGAAAGGAAAAACCAAGAAAGAUUCAAAACGAAACUGAACGAAUGCACUUUAUUAAGCUCGCAUCUUUCAUGCUGUAUCAGAGCCUUUCCUCAAGUCAACAACCAAAAUCUGAAAAGGAAACCAAUUUUUGUAAGCAAGUCGAAGAACUUCUAUCCUCGCUAAGUGAAGCAAAAACCGUUACGACUCAAGCAUCAAAAAAAUCAGAAGAAUCUCAAAGUAUUCUCAUUGACUCAAUAGGAAAAUACAAAUUCAAUUCAAAGCAGUUUGCUCUUGUGUUGAAUGCUUUCGAGACCAAAACAAGAGGAGGUGAUGACGAAUGUUUAUUGAAGUGUUGA